ACAAUAUUUGUGUACGUUUUCUUCUUGAAAACAAAGAAUAUUUUUAUUUGACACCAAUGACAGUUGUCUUGUCAUUGUGUCAUUCACCAAAGGUCACCUUGAUAAAGUAGAGGAUUUUGAAUUCGGGGAAUAAAAUAUUAUUUUUGGGUGUUGGGAUAAGUUGAACUUAUAAACGAUGGAAACGGCGACGACUCAAAGGUUUAUCGGGCGCGGUUCCCACAAGGGGAAGGGCCUGGCAGUGUUUACCAGCGGAGGUGACUCUCAGGGUAUGAAUGCCGCCGUGCGCUCGGUGGUACGAAUGGGUAUAUAUCUGGGGUGCAAGGUAUACUUCAUUCGCGAAGGAUAUCAAGGCAUGGUGGACGGAGGAGAUAACAUAGAAGAGGCUAACUGGUCUUCUGUCAGCUCGAUCAUUCACAAAGGUGGCACUAUUAUUGGAUCAGCUCGUUGCAUGGAGUUCAUUAAGAGAGAAGGGCGCCUUAAAGCUGCCUACAACUUGGUCACUCGUGGCAUUACCAACCUGGUAGUGAUUGGAGGUGAUGGUUCCUUGACUGGAGCCAAUCUAUUCAGAGAGGAAUGGUCCAGCUUACUGGAUGAGCUGUUAGCAAACAAUAAGAUUACAAAAGAUCAGAGGGAGAAGUACAAGUACCUCCACAUUGCUGGCAUGGUAGGCUCAAUUGACAAUGAUUUCUGCGGCACAGACAUGACAAUAGGAACAGACUCAGCCUUACAUCGCAUCAUUGAAGCUAUUGAUGCUAUUGUAAGCACAGCAUACUCCCAUCAAAGAACAUUUAUUAUGGAGGUCAUGGGGAGGCACUGCGGUUAUCUGGCAUUAGUGGCCGCUCUGGCGAGCGAGGCAGAUCAAGUAUUCAUUCCCGAGGACCCUGUUCCCAAUAACUGGGUCGAAAAGCUUUGCAAACGAUUGGCUCAGGAAAGGAAAUCGGGGCAGCGUCUGAAUAUUAUCAUAGUGGCGGAAGGUGCCAUAGAUCGCGAAGGUAAGCCGAUCACUGCGGAGCUGGUGAAGAAUGUGGUGGUGGAAAACCUUCAGCAGGACACGCGCAUCACUGUGUUGGGUCACGUGCAGCGAGGAGGAUCGCCCUCAGCUUUUGAUAGGAUCCUGGGAUGUCGUAUGGGCGCCGAAGCAGUGAUGGCCCUGAUGGAGGCGUCCCCCGAGACCGAGCCGUGCGUGGUGUCGCUGGACGGCAACCAAGCCGUGCGACUGCCGCUCAUGGAGUGUGUCAGACGUACUAAGGCUGUUGCACAGGCCAUGGCUGAUAAAAACUGGGAUCUGGCGGUGCAACUGCGCGGGCGCAGUUUUGCACGCAACUUGGAGACGUACAAGAUGUUGACUCGCUUGAAGCCGCCCAAGGAGGCUUUCGACGCUUCUGGCAAACCUGCUGAGGGUCUAACCCUAGCAGUGAUGCAUGUAGGCGCCCCCGCAUGCGGUAUGAACGCGGCGGUACGUUCCUUUGUACGUAACUGCAUCUACCGCGGAGACACCGUGCUCGGCAUUCAUGACGGUGUUGAAGGUUUUAUUAGCGGAAAUAUUGUUAAUAUGGAGUGGGCCGAUGUGACCGGUUGGGUAGCCCAAGGAGGUGCCUUCCUAGGUACCAAACGUACCCUCCCCGGCGACAAGAAGGCAGAAAUAGCAGCUCGCAUCAAACAGUUCAAUAUUCAAGGCCUGCUUAUCAUCGGUGGAUUCGAGGCAUACCAAGCUGGCCUAGAGAUCUACGAGGGUCGCGCCCAAUUCCCGGAGUUCUGCAUCCCACUGGUGGUGAUCCCAUCCACCAUCAGUAACAACGUGCCCGGCACAGACUUCUCGCUGGGGUCUGACACCGCCCUUAAUGAGAUCACCGAGAUCUGCGAUAGGAUCCGACAAUCUGCUCAGGGAACGAAACGCCGUGUCUUCGUCAUUGAGACCAUGGGAGGAUACUGCGGCUACUUAUCUACUUUAGCAGGUUUGGCCGGCGGAGCUGACGCAGCAUAUAUUUACGAAGAGAAGUUCUCUAUCAAGGACUUACAACAAGACGUGUACCACAUGGCGUCUAAGAUGACGGGCGGCAUUCAACGCGGUCUCAUCCUCCGUAAUGAGAAAGCUAACGAUAACUAUAACACCGACUUCAUAUACCGCCUUUAUUCCGAGGAGGGCAAGGGACUGUUUACUGCUAGAAUGAAUGUGCUUGGUCACAUGCAACAAGGAGGUUCCCCGACUCCUUUCGACCGUAACAUGGGAACCAAGAUGGCGGCCAAGUGUCUGCACUGGCUAGUCGAGACUAUCCAGAAGGGCCCCGCUAACACGCCCGACUCCGCCUGUCUGCUUGGCAUCGUCAAGAGACAGUACAAGUUCUCGCCCCUUGAGGACUUGAAGGCACAGACUAACUUUGCUCAAAGAAUACCAAAGCAGCAGUGGUGGAUGAAGCUGCGCCCACUGCUCCGUAUCUUGGCCAAGCACGAGUCGACCUACGAAGAAGAGGGCAUGUACAUGACCGUCGAACAGGGAGAGAUUGACUCCGAAAAUGUUAUCUAAAAACUUCGCAUUAUGCGUCCAUAAAAAGCGGAUAGUCAAAAUGAUCCAAUCUGAAUGUUAACGCCAAGUACAUCACCAAGUUGUUUAUAUUCAACAUUUAUUUAUUUAUGACCUGCUUGGUCUAUGUGCUUUUGUAUUCUUUUUUUAAAUCAAAUGUUGCAAUGGUGCAUAAUUUAAAUUAUUUUUAACCGACUUCCCAAAAAGGAGGAGGUUCUCAAUUCGGCCGGUAUGUUUUUUUUGAUAGAUGUUGUUACUAUGGUAAUCUCUAGUAGUCAAGUGUUUAAUUAACUAUAUAGCGAAUGGCACAUAAUUUACGCUCGAAAUUAUUUAUAAAUUAUGAUUAAUUUCAAAAAAGUAUUAGGAAUGAUUAUAGACUUUAUUUUAAAUUUAAAAGACGACUUUAACAGUCUGCCAUUUAGUUUGUAGGAUAGUUAUAAAAUUCAUGACACUCAAAUGAUUCUAACAUGUGUACGUUAGCUUGGGCUUUCUUACUUCCACCGUUGUUAUGUGAUUUUAAAUGCUUUAUUUAUUAUCAGUUAGUUACCACAGUACAAUGAGAUUUAUUCUUAUGUUACACAUAGACAUACAUAGAUUAUGCAAGUUUGUGCUAUUACAAUACAAUAAACUAAUAUUACAAGAACAUAAAAGUACAGAGUGCUACAUCAUUGCUGUGGACUGACUGUUUAUUUUGUGCAAAGAGGUGUUAAUUUAUUUUAAUAGGUUCACUUUUAUAAUUUAUUUAGAAACAAAGAUUUUUGUAUUAAGGAUAUUUCUUUCAAAAUUUAUAUUUAAUAAUAAUCGGCAAUCAAGUAUUUUGUAACCGAGAUUAUAUUUUAUAAUAUUAGACAAUAAGCGUAAAUUGGUAGACAAAUAUUAGUAUGUUUGACAGUAUUUUAUGAGAAAAUCAUAUAAAGCUGUCCAUAUAAUCAAAAAUAUAUUAAAGAUAUGGCAAAUAUAUGUAUAAUUAUGAAGAUAAUGUUGCAAACUUAUUUUGAAAUUUUUUAAUAAACUUUACUGUC